AAUUUUAAUCUUUAUACCUAACAAAAAACUCAAUAUAGUAUAUAACAUGCAUCCCCUGUUUCAAGGCAUUGUAUAUCACAACAUCCAAAAAAGAACAAACACAAAAGAGCAAAAAUGAAGCUCUUAAUUGUAGCAUUGUUCCUCCAAGGCCUUGUUCAGACUAUGGGUCAAGCACAGGCGCCGGCUCCUGGACCUGCAGGACCUACAAAUGUAACAGCGAUUCUUUCAAAAGCUGGUCAGUUCACGAUGUUUGUUAAGCUACUAGAGAGCACUCAAGAAGCAGACCAAAUCAACAAUCAACUCAACAACUCGAAUUCUGGCCUCACAAUUUUUGCCCCACCUGACAACGCCUUUUCUAGCCUUAAAUCAGGGCUGCUCAACUCCCUGUCAGACCAACAGAAGGUGCAGCUAGUGCAGUUUCAUAUACUUUCUGACUAUGUAGCUCAAUCUGAGUUUCAGACAGCGAGCAACCCGUUGAGGACACAGGCUGGGAAUAGCAAUGAUGGCGAGUAUCCACUAAAUGUCACCACCUCUGGAAACCAAGUGAAUAUAACUACUGGUGUCGUCAAUACAACAGUGUCGAAUUCCAUUUACAGUGAUGGGCAGUUGGCUGUUUAUCAGGUGGAUCAAGUGCUUCUUCCUUUGGCAUUCUUCAGAACACCAGCACCUGCUCCAGCUCCAGAAGGUGGUAAACCGAAGAAGGGUGCCAAGGCAGCUGAUACUUCAGAUGACAACACUGAUGACAGCACUGAUACUUCUGGUGCCAGUGAACUGGUGAAGUUUAGGUUGAGUAAGGUGGUCUUUGCCAUCUCCUUGGCUGCUGCUUCAAUCUAUAUGGUUCUAUGAUUUUGUUAACUACUUUAAUUUCUUCCUUGCUUAUUCUUUUUGAGGAUUAUUGUAUCCAGUUAAAGUUUUGUUUGAUGGUAUGCUGAGAUAAUAUUGUGUACUGCUGCCUUUGUUGCUUCUUGAAUUCAAUGAAAAAUUCUCAUUAUUCAUGGUAACCCUGGAUAGUAUGAAAAUUGAAA